AUGAAUACAACAAGUUUUAUUUGGCUAAUCAUAUCGCUAACCAUUAUUAACAAUCAACUUAUACCUGUUAAUACAUAUAAAAGCGAAAACAACAAUAACAGGAAACCCGACGACCAGGAAUUGGAGGCACUGUUGGCCGAGAGUCAGGACAAGUGCACCGGUAGGCGAUGCGUCCAAAGCGACCAGUGCUGUCCCGGCAGUGUCUGUGUCGAUGUUGACGGCAUUGUGGGCACAUGUCUACCGAUAUACGGGGUCAGUGAGGGUGACUCGUGUCAGACGGACGACGAUUGCGAACCGGGUCUCAAUUGUCGGGUAUCGGACGUCAACUAUGCCCAAAACCCGUCGGCUCUCUAUCAGGUUCGCGGCCGACGUGUAUGUCAAUCGGCUGCUGGUGUCGGUGGCGGUGCCGGUGCCGGUAAUGGUGGUCGAGAAAUGAUGAAAAAACAAUACAAUAAUGAAUGCCAGACCAGCUCCGAGUGCGACUCUGGCCGCGGCCUAUGCUGUCAGCUAAUCAAACGCCACCGAAUGGCCCCCCGAAAGCUGUGCUACUAUUUUUCCGACCCCCAGUCGUGUGUCGGUCCCGUAGACAUCACUUACGCCAAACCGAUUGCCAUACAUCACGGCGGACCCGGUAACUCAUCGCCUAAUAAUGUAUUUUUUAAGGCCCGUAUCGGCUAAACAACAGCGACAAAUUGGUGGUCACAUUACCGAAACACUACUACUACUACUACUAACUGACCACCGAUUUAUUUAA